GGCAGGAAGGAAGCCAUAUUGUGAAGAUGCGGGUUCAGUCCAUUCCUCACCAAGAACAGGGCUGCCAUGAAAUCCCAGUUGGCAGCCAUCUGCAAAGGACUCAUUCAGGAGUAAAGCCAUUUAUCUGCUCCAAGAAUGGAAUGACAUCCUCCAGUGGUGGAAAGGGUAAUGUAUAUUUUCGAAACCCCAGGAUAAUGCAGGCAUGUAAAUGCUGUCACUGUGGAAAGUGCUUCAGAUACAGACCACAGCUUCUUGUACACCAAAAAAUACACACAGCACAGAAGCUCUUUGAAUGCUCAGAUAGUGGAAAGAAAUUCAGUAGGAGUGGAAAGAGAUUCAGUAGGAGUGGCAAACUUCAAAAGCAUCAAAUGACCCACACAGGGGAGAAACCUUCUGAAUGCUCAGACUGUGGAAAGACAUUCCGUCAGAGUGGUGGACUUCAACAGCACCAAAGACCCCACACAGGGGAGAGACCUUUUGAAUGCUCAGAGUGUGGAAAGAGAUUCAGUCAGAGUAGCCAUCUUCAAGUGCACCGAAGAACCCACACAGGGCAGAAACCUUUUGAAUGCUCAGAGACGGAAAAGAGAUUCAUUAGUAGUAGCCAUCUUCAAAUGCACCAAAGAACCUACACAGGGGAGAAACCUUUUGAAUGCCUCGAGUGUGGAAAGAGAUUCAGUACGUGUGGCCAUCUUCAAAGGCAUAAAAGAACCCACACAGGGGAGAAACGUUUUGAAUGCACCGAGUGUGGAAAGAGAUUCAGUAUGAGUCACCAUCUUCAAAUGCAUCAUAGAAUCCACACAGGGGAGAAACCUUUUGAAUGCUCAGAGUGUGGGAAGAGAUUUAGUCAGAGUGGCAGAUUUCAAGAGCAUGAAAGAACCCACACAGGGGAGAAACCUUUUGAAUGCUCAGAGUGUGGGAAGAGAUUUAGUCAGAGUGGCAGAUUUCAAGAGCAUGAAAGAACCCACACAGGGGAGAAACCUUUUGAAUGCUCAGAGUGUGGGAAGAGAUUUAGUCAGAGUGGCAGAUUUCAAGAGCAUGAAAGAACCCACACAGGGGAGAAACCUUUUGAAUGCUCAGAGUGUGGGAAGAGAUUUAGUCAGAGUGGCAGAUUUCAAGAGCAUGAAAGAACCCACACAGGGGAGAAACCUUUUGAAUGCUCAGAGUGUGGGAAGAGAUUUAGUCAGAGUGGCAGAUUUCAAGAGCAUGAAAGAACCCACACAGGGGAGAAACCUUUUGAAUGCUCAGAGUGUGGGAAGAGAUUUAGUCAGAGUGGCAGAUUUCAAGAGCAUGAAAGAACCCACACAGGGGAGAAACCUUUUGAAUGCUCAGAGUGUGGGAAGAGAUUUAGUCAGAGUGGCAGAUUUCAAGAGCAUGAAAGAACCCACACAGGGGAGAAACCUUUUGAAUGCUCAGAGUGUGGGAAGAGAUUUAGUCAGAGUGGCAGAUUUCAAGAGCAUGAAAGAACCCACACAGGGGAGAAACCUUUUGAAUGCUCAGAGUGUGGGAAGAGAUUUAGUCAGAGUGGCAGAUUUCAAGAGCAUGAAAGAACCCACACAGGGGAGAAACCUUUUGAAUGCUCAGAGUGUGGGAAGAGAUUUAGUCAGAGUGGCAGAUUUCAAGAGCAUGAAAGAACCCACACAGGGGAGAAACCUUUUGAAUGCUCAGAGUGUGGGAAGAGAUUUAGUCAGAGUGGCAGAUUUCAAGAGCAUGAAAGAACCCACACAGGGGAGAAACCUUUUGAAUGCUCAGAGUGUGGGAAGAGAUUUAGUCAGAGUGGCAGAUUUCAAGAGCAUGAAAGAACCCACACAGGGGAGAAACCUUUUGAAUGCUCAGAGUGUGGAAAGAGAUUCAUUAGUAAUUCCAGUCUUCGAAAGCAUCAAAGAACCCACACAGGGAAGUAAUGUUUUAAAUGUUCAGAGUCUGGAAAGUGAUUCAGUCAGCAUCCCGGUCUUCAGAAGCAUCAAAGAAUCCACAACCUUUUGAAUGCUCAGACCCAGGGCCCAGCAGAAUGAAAGAAAGCUACGCACCCUUGUUUGCUCCCAAGCGGACCCUGCUCCAUUCUCGCCACCCUAACAAGGGAAGAGGACUUCCCAAAGGAAAUGGAAAGUUGGGGAGGUAGCAUCUGAAAGACAAAGGAAAUCUUCCAGGGAAAAAGCUUUCACAGGUCAAAGCUCAUUUGGUCAGGCAGAAAUGAGAACAAAGAUCCAUCAGAUCUUACGGUAUCUCUGCCUUUACAUGGCCCUUUUUGGCAACCCCCCUCUCACCUUCUGAGCCAGAGAGAAAAGUUGAUGUGUCUUCUUUCUCAUUCCUAUCUGAGAAAGUGAGCUUUAAUUCAUGAGAAUUUAAACCCUGGAAAAUUUGGGUGGUCUUGAAGGAGCUACUGGACUUAUUCUGCUCUGCUUCUACAGGCUAAUACGACAACCCUCCAGAGAGGCAGAGAGCAUUCCUCGCCCUUCCAGCCUUCAGACUCCAACAGAUGGAACUGAAUAGCUCCAGUGAUGGGAGGAAAAGCCUCAAUUAAACCCACACGCAUUUGGACGAAGGUACAAAAUGGUUUGGAAAGAGGGUCCGAACUGAAAUGGUCAUGUCUAGGAAGAAUCUCUGCAAUAAAAAUGAAUGUAUUGCCAAAAUAAAUUUUCUGUUUCAGAUUAUACUGAUCAAUAUACAAAGACUUUGAUGAACUGGCAGAAACAAAUAAAUACAUUUAUAUGGAUUGUGGAAAACCCCAAGAAUUAGAUUUAAAGUAUUACAUGAUUGUAGGGUCUGGCCAGGUUCUGAAGAAUACUCUGUGUCGUCUCAGGCAGGAACAACACACAGUUCAUUUGGCGUCCGCUCCCAACACCAGUAAUUGGCAACAACGUAGUAGUACCACUCUGCACACUCAGACAAUAAAUGCUUCCCCCAUUACAAGAUACAGCUGUGCUGUGCUCCUUUACUGGCCAUUUAAACACACAAUACAUCACAUCUCCCUUUCUCAAAACAAAUAUUACAAAAGGAAAUUUAAAAAAACAAAGAUAUCAAGAUUUUGGUUAAAACAAAUACAAUCACUAAGGUACAUAUCUUUCUUGUGGAAAAAAACCAGAUCUUCCAUAAGAUGUUAUACAUCUAGGACGCCUUUCUUCAGCCUGCAACACACACGUCUCAUCUGAUAACAUUUUCAUCUUCAUCCUGUUUUGAGUCCUCAGUAUUCUCACUAGUCCUAUUACAAGGUCCCUUAUUUUGUGUGUCCAAAUGUUCAGUUGUGGUCCCAUCCUGACCCAAAUCCUCAGACCCGUUACUUCCAGACACCCUGUGUUGAUACUUCAGCUUGCGUCUAUUACGCCUAUAGACGAAGCCCUCAGAGGUGAUCACUCGAUACGUACGAGGCUGUUCACAUUUUUCUGUUACCAUAGCUGGAACUCACCCUUCCUAGGGCUCUUCCCAUACAGAGUCUCCUUGUUGUAAGGGCUUUAAAGAUUUUGCUGCCUUAUCAUAAACAUAUUUUUGCCUGUCUUGUGCUCUCUGAAGGUCUUCUCUUGCCCCACUAGGUACCUUAGGGCAUAGCAAGCCAGUAGUUUAUUUAUUUAUUUAUUCAAUUUGUACCCCGUCCUUCCUGUGAGCAGGCUCAGGGCGGCUAACACAGUUGAUAGUUACUGGCAAUUUGCUUCUUAAUAUUCCUCGAAACUGUUUCCUUGCCACCGAAUCAAUCACUCAUGUCCUCCUGUUCUGCAGAUUCUAUCAGGAGGAAUGAGACCAUCUUAUA